CUCUGUUGGCGUCUUUUUUAUGCUGGUGCUUUUGUCGCAUUGUAUAGUUCCUCGACUAAUACCUUGAAAUUUGGUACAAUCAGUAGUCGCUGUGUAGGGGUGGCACUAGCAACUGGCAGGACGCAUCGAUUUCACGUCGCUGCACAGAACAAUCGCGCCAAUUUUAGGCUUUGCUUAUUGACUUAUUCAAGAGACUCAAACCUCCAACUUGUUUUGUUGUGGAACUCAACGUGUAGACAAUGGGGAAUACCUGCAGGAAGCCGACAAUUGUCGAGCGUCCGCCAAUUCGCAAUAUUGGGAAAUAUUCCGUUGACGUCGGCCCAGUGAACGUCGACCGCACAGGACGAUGUACACGGAGAAUCGUUCAGGGUAUCGGCGCAAACUUUCAUAUACAUGGACUUGAGGCAGGAAAAACAUAUCGUGUAUCGUUCAACUGUCCCUACUCGGAAAACUGUCGGGGCGGCGAUGAAUGCCAGAACACUGUAGACGUGUUGACUAUGAGAAGAGACGUGAACUAACGUCAGCAUUUAUGGCAGAGUCGUUCCGCCCGUAGAAGGCGAACUGUCUUUAUGGACGCUUGGUACCACAUAAUUGUGGAUCGGUCAAGCCAGGAGUCAACCUGGCAACUCUUCAAUUCUUUCGAAACUCGCAAGAGGUCAAAGAUCGAGCUGGGUCUGUACGCGGUGAAACGGUACUGGAGCGCCGACCUGAUAAUUACUAGGAGGCCGCUUGAUAAAUAGCGUGAGGCUGGUGAUGGUGCUAUCGAAAUUACCAGCGGCAAAAUCAUCGAGGUGUAGAUAGAUAUUUCAUUAUGUGCUUCGGAGGUGGCAUCGUGGGGCACUGAUUUGUGUAUUGGGUUGGGACGGGGACUAGGGAACGCAUCAUUUUCUUCUAUUUUUUGAAGAAUACGUAGAAGAAGCGACUUUGAUAUUUUGUUGCUUCGUUUGCUCGGCUGAGGUCGCCAAGUUAGUUUUCGUCGUCAGGGUUUAUGAACAAAACGCGCUUUGUGUUCCGUCACAGCUGAGAAAGGGAUGGCAUCAAAAUCAUGCACCCAUCACGACUCGCGGAUAAUCCUUUUUUGCGUUAGCGACGUGCAUUCACAGGGUGACAAACUGCGGCUUCUCAGGAAAACAUGUAUCUUCAUGUGAAGAGAGUUAAUGCAAAUGAAGCAGCCUCGACAGGAUCGAUAAGGAAUUCUUCUUGUUUGCCUGCAUCAGCAGCGAUUUGCAGCGCGGCUGUCGUGAUCUGUACUCGAACAACACACAUCGCUCACUCUUUUCUCGUGCAGGAGCACGUUGUAGUUUUGAACGCCAUUGGUAGCAUCGCAUAGUAUUACCAAUUGCCUGGCGCAUAGCUUGUUUGCGUACAAGUUGCGCUGAGAUGGGUUAAGCCCCCUUCGAUAGUGUUACUGGCACAUCAUCUGCAUUGAUCACGAUGCGUGGAUUGCGGAUGAUGGUCAAUUCAGUUUGUCACUGCGUGUACUUCUGUACAUCCCAAGUCGUUUCGAUGCUGUAAGCUCAAUAAUUUGUUGUUCAGCAGUUAUCGAGGUAGCCUCGUUUAUUAAACAUUCAAGGCACUGAAGACCUAUCACGUGUUAUGAUAUCCGGA